AUGUUUAUCCUUGUUUUUCUAGUGACGUGCAGUUUUCGAGGAUCUGUUCCUCAAGGGUUGGUCUUAGAAAUAGGAGAAACGGUCCAGAUUCUUGAAAAAUGCGAAGGUUGGUACAGAGGAGUUUCCACAAAGAAGCCAAAUGUAAAGGGGAUCUUUCCUGCAAAUUACAUUCACUUAAAAAAGGCAAUUGUCAGUAAUAGGGGGCAGUAUGAAACUGUGGUUCCUCUUGAAGAUUCCAUUGUGACUGAGGUUACAGCAACUCUACAAGAAUGGGCCAGUCUGUGGAAACAACUCUAUGUGAAACACAAAGUAGAUCUUUUCUACAAACUACGCCAUGUGAUGAAUGAACUUAUUGACCUUCGAAGGCAGCUACUGUCUGGUCACCUGACUCAGGAUCAGGUGCGGGAGGUUAAGCGGCACAUCACCGUGCGACUGGACUGGGGGAAUGAGCAUUUGGGCCUGGACCUGGUGCCUCGGAAGGACUUUGAGGUAGUGGAUUCGGACCAGAUCAGUGUCUCUGACCUCUACAAAAUGCAUUUGUCCAGCCGGCAGAGUGUACAGCAAAGCACGUCCCAGGUAGACACAAUGCGCCCACGCCACGGGGAAGCCUGCCGGAUGCCCGUGCCCCAUCACUUCUUCCUCAGCCUGAAGAGUUUCACCUACAACACCAUUGGGGAGGACACUGACGUCUUCUUCUCCUUGUACGACACGAGGGAAGGCAAGCAGAUCAGUGAGCGGUUUCUGGUGAGACUGAACAAGAAUGGUGGGCCAAGGAACCCAGAGAAGAUAGAACGAAUGUGUGCCCUUUUUACAGAUCUGAGCAGCAAAGAUAUGAAGAGAGAUUUGUAUAUAGUUGCCCAUGUGAUACGAAUAGGCCGGAUGCUCCUGAAUGACUCGAAGAAGGGCCCUGCUCACCUGCACUACCGGCGACCGUACGGCUGUGCGGUCCUAAGCGUCCUGGACGUCCUACAGUCGCUCACAGAAUUAAAGGAAGAAAAGGAUUUUGUUCUUAAGGUUUACACGUGCAACAACGAGGGGGAGUGGUCGCAGAUCCACGAGAACAUCAUCCGCAAGUCCAGCGCCAAGUACUCCGCCCCCAGUGCCAGCCACGGCCUUAUCAUUUCUCUUCAGCUUCUUCGCGGAGACAUGGAACAGAUACGGAGAGAAAACCCCAUGAUAUUUAGCAGGGGAUUGGCGAUUACAAGGAAAUUGGGAUUUCCUGAUGUCAUCAUGCCAGGCGACAUCCGCAAUGACCUGUACCUAACCCUGGAGAAGGGGGAUUUCGAGCGAGGGGGAAAGAGUGUGCAAAAGAAUAUUGAAGUGACCAUGUACGUGCUUUAUGCAGAUGGAGAAAUCUUGAAGGAUUGCAUCAGCUUGGGUUCUGGAGAGCCAAACAGAAGCUCCUACCACUCGUUCGUCCUCUACCACAAUAACAGUCCUCGCUGGGGAGAGAUCGUCAAACUGCCCAUCCCCAUCGACCGCUUCCGCGGCUCCCACCUGCGCUUCGAGUUCAGACAUUGUUCCACGAAGGACAAAGGGGAAAAGAAGCUCUUCGGCUUUGCCUUCUCGCCCCUGAUGCGGGAUGACGGGACCACUCUCUCCGAUGACAUCCACGAGCUCUACGUGUACAAGUGUGAUGAGAACAGCACGUUUAACAACCAUGCCCUGUACCUGGGCCUGCCCUGCUGCAAAGAGGACUACAACGGCUGCCCUAACAUCCCCUCCAGCCUCAUCUUCCAGCGCAGCACCAAAGAGUCUUUCUUCAUCUCCACGCAGCUCUCCUCCACCAAGCUCACCCAGAACGUGGACCUCCUUGCUCUGCUGAAGUGGAAGGCCUUUCCAGACAGGAUCAUGGACAUCCUGGGGCGGCUGCGGCACGUCAGCGGAGAGGAGAUCGUUAAGUUUCUGCAGGACAUCUUAGACACACUCUUUGUGAUUUUGGAUGACAACACAGAGAAGUACGGCCUGUUGGUGUUCCAGUCUCUGGUGUUCAUCAUCAACCUGCUCAGAGACAUCAAGUAUUUCCACUUCCGGCCUGUCAUGGACACGUACAUCCAGAAGCACUUUGCUGGAGCCUUGGCAUACAAGGAGCUCAUCCGCUGUUUGAAGUGGUACAUGGACUGCUCGGCAGAACUGAUUCGGCAGGACCACAUCCAGGAAGCCAUGCGGGCCUUGGAGUACCUCUUCAAGUUCAUCGUGCAGUCCAGGAUCCUGUACUCGAGAGCCACGUGUGGGAUGGAAGAGGAGCAGUUCCGGGCCAGCAUCCAGGAACUUUUCCACUCCAUCCGCUUUGUUCUCAGCCUGGACAGCAGAAACUCAGAGACGCUCCUGUUCACUCAGGCCGCGCUCCUCAAUUCCUUCCCCACCAUUUUUGACGAGCUGCUGCAAAUGUUCACCGUGCAGGAGGUGGCAGAGUUUGUGAGAGGGACCCUGGGGAGCAUGCCCAGCACUGUGCACAUCGGGCAGUCGAUGGAUGUGGUGAAGCUGCAGUCCAUCGCCAGGACUGUGGACAGCCGCCUGUUUUCUUUCUCAGGCUCCCGCCGCAUCCUGCUCCCUGUGGUUCUGCAUCACAUCCACCUUCACCUGCGGCAGCAGAAAGAGCUGCUCAUCUGCUCAGGGAUUCUCGGCAGCAUCUUCUCCAUCGUCAAGACCAGCUCUCUGGAGGCGGAUGUCAUGGAGGAGGUAGAGAUGAUGGUGGAGAGCCUCCUGGACGUGCUCUUGCAGACUCUGCUCACCAUCAUGAGCAAAUCGCACGCUCAGGAGGCGGUAAGAGGGCAGCGGUGCCCGCAGUGCACAGCCGAGAUCACUGGUGAGUAUGUGUCCUGCCUUCUCUCGCUGCUCCGCCAGAUGUGCGACACCCACUACCAGCACCUCCUGGACAACUUCCAGAGCAAAGAUGAGCUCAAGGAAUUCCUGCUGAAGACGUUCUGUGUGUUCCGGAACCUGAUGAAGAUGAGCGUCUUUCCUCGGGACUGGAUGGUGAUGAGACUUCUCACAAGCAACGUCAUUGUCACCACCGUGCAGUACCUGUCCUCCGCCCUGCAUAAGAACUUCACAGAGACGGACUUCGACUUCAAGGUGUGGAAUUCUUAUUUUAGCCUGGCAGUUCUGUUCAUAAACCAGCCAAGCCUCCAGCUAGAAAUCAUCACUUCAGCCAAGAGGAAGAAGAUUCUAGAUAAGUAUGGGGACAUGCGUGUGAUGAUGGCUUAUGAACUGUUCAGCAUGUGGCAGAAUUUGGGUGAACAUAAGAUCCACUUUAUCCCGGGAAUGAUUGGUCCUUUUCUGGGUGUGACGCUGGUCCCGCAGCCAGAAGUGCGGAAUAUCAUGAUUCCCAUCUUUCAUGACAUGAUGGACUGGGAGCAGAGGAAAAAUGGCAACUUCAAGCAGGUGGAGUCCGAGCUGAUCGACAAGCUGGACAGCAUGGUGUCGGAAGGGAAAGGCGACGAGAGCUACAGGGAGCUCUUCGGCCUGCUCCUGCUGGAGAAGAUUGAACAGGAAACAUGGCGCGAGACCGGCAUUUCCUUCGUGACCUCAGUCACGCGCCUCAUGGAGCGCCUUCUGGACUACAGGGACUGCAUGAAAGGAGAGGAGACGGAGAACAAGAAGGUCGGCUGCACGGUGAACCUGAUGAACUUCUACAAGUCGGAGAUUAACAAAGAAGAGAUGUAUAUUCGCUACAUCCAUAAGCUUUGUGACAUGCAUCUGCAGGCGGAGAACUACACAGAGGCUGCGUUCACUCUGCUCCUGUACUGCGAGCUGCUGCAGUGGGAGGAGCGGCCGCUGCGGGAGUUCCUCCACUACCCGUCGCAGACCGAGUGGCAGCGGAAGGAGGGGCUGUGCCGGAAGAUCAUCCACUACUUCAGCAAGGGCAAGAGCUGGGAGUUUGGCAUCCCUCUGUGCCGGGAGCUGGCGUGUCAGUACGAGAGCCUCUACGACUAUCAGAGCCUCAGCUGGAUCCGGAAGAUGGAAGCCAGCUACUACGACAGCAUCAUGGAGCAGCAGCGCCUGGAGCCCGAGUUCUUCCGCGUCGGCUUCUACGGCAGGAAGUUCCCCUUCUUCCUCCGGGUGAGUCCCUUCCGGCGGUCACAGGCCUUCCUAGGUGAUCAGGAGCAGUCCCUGUACAGGGGACAGAGGCUGCGAUGCUCCUCCUUCGGGGGUGACGUGGGCCAGCCACUCAGGUUCACCUCUGGCAGAUCUGGGUUCCCCUUCACUUCCUGCGCAGACUUGCAGAUCUAUGCGGUGACGCCCAUUCCAGAUUGCGUGGAUGUCCUGCAGAUGGACAGGGUCCCGGAUCGCGUCAAGAGCUUCUACCGCGUCAAUAAUGUGCGGAAGUUCCGGUACGACAGGCCUUUCCACAAAGGCCCCAAGGACAAGGAGAACGAAUUCAAGAGCCUGUGGAUCGAGCGCACCACGCUGACCCUGACACACAGCUUGCCUGGCAUCUCUCGGUGGUUCGAGGUGGAGAGGCGGGAACUGGUGGAGGUGAGCCCCCUGGAGAAUGCCAUCCAGGUUGUGGAGAACAAGAACCAGGAGCUUCGGGCCCUGAUCGGCCAGUACCAGCACAAGCAGGUGCACGGCAACAUCAACCUGCUCAGCAUGUGCCUGAACGGCGUCAUCGACGCUGCGGUCAACGGAGGCAUCGCGCGCUACCAGGAGGCCUUCUUUGAUAAAGAUUACAUCACCAAGCACCCCGGGGAUGCUGAGAAGAUAGCCCAGCUCAAGGAGCUCAUGCAGGAGCAGGUCCACAUCCUUGGAGUCGGGCUGGCAGUUCACGAGAAGUUUGUGCACCCGGAAAUGCGCCCUCUGCACAAGAAGCUGAUCGAUCAGUUCCAGAUGAUGCGGGCCAGUCUCUACCAUGAGUUUCCGGGUUUGGACAAACCAAGUCCUGCAUGCUCAGGCAGCAGCACCCCCCGGGGCGGUGUCCUCGCAUCCCACAGCCCCGUGAGCCCCGAGAGCCUCAAGAUGACCCACCGGCACAGCCCCAUGAACCUGAUGGGCACGGGUCGCCAUUCCUCCUCCUCGCUCUCCUCACACGCGUCUAGUGAAGCGGGAAACGUGGUGAUGCUGGGCGACGGGCCCAUGGGCGAGGCCCCCGAGGACCUGUACCACCACAUGCAGCUCGUGUCUCCCAACCCCAGGUACCAGGGCUCAGUCACCAACGUGUCUGUUCUGUCCUCGUCCCAGGCAAGCCCUUCCUCCUCCAGCCUGAGCUCCACUCACUCAGCACCAUCCCAGAUGAUUGCCUCUGCCCCCUCCAGUGCCCGAGGCUCUCCCUCUCUGCCAGAUAAGUACCGCCACGCCCGGGAAAUGAUGCUGCUGCUGCCCACGCACCGGGACCGCCCGAGCAGCGCCAUGUACCCAGCAGCCGUCCUGGAGAAUGGACAGCUGCCAAAUUUCCAGCCAGCCCUGUUCCAUCAAGUGAUCGGAGCCUGCAAACCCUGCAGUGACCCCAAUCUGUCUGUGGCUGAGAAAGGUCAUUACUCCCUACACUUUGACACCUUCCACCACCCCCUGGGUGACACCCCCCCGGCCCUCCCUGCCCGGACCCUGCGCAAGUCUCCUCUCCACCCUAUCCCAGCCUCCCCCACCAGCCCCCAGUCGGGCCUGGACGGCAGCAACUCUACACUGUCCGGCAGCGCCAGCAGUGGCGUGUCCUCCUUGAGCGAGAGUAACUUUGGGCACCCCUCAGAGGCCCCGCCUCGAACCGACACCAUGGACUCCAUGCCCAGCCAGGCCUGGCAUGCCGAUGAAGACCUUGAGCCGCCCUACCUCCCUGUUCACUACAGCCUCUCUGAGUCGGCCGUCCUGGACUCCAUCAAGGCCCAGCCAUGCCGAAGCCACUCAGCCCCGGGAUGUGUCAUCCCUCAGGACCCCAUGGACCCGCCUGCGCUGCCUCCCAAGCCCUACCACCCCCGCCUGCCGGCCCUGGAGCAUGACGAAGGUGUGCUGCUGCGCGAAGAGGCCGAUAGGCCUCGGGGCCUGCACCGCAAGGCCUCACUGCCUCCUGGGAGCAUCAAAGAGGAGCAGGCCCGCCUGGCCUGGGAGCAUGGCCGCGGGGAGCAGUGAGGCCGGCAGGCGGCUGGGACGCCGCCCUCAGAGCAGCUCGCCCGACCAUUCCAGGUCUGAAAAGCCAGUCCCCCGAGGAGCAGAGAGGCCUGGCACUCAGGAGAGAACCACCAAGUCGACGUUCUACUGCCGUGAACUUGUGUGUUGCCAUGUGCAGAGGCCACAGCAGCAUGAGGGUUGUGGCUUCUCUUUUUAUUUCAUUUCUACGUUUCCAUUUCUCUGGGUUUCCCUUUCAUCUGUGCGCAGUAGAUGCUUUCUUCCUCCUGCAGUUCCAGGCCACGGGGAGCUCUGUGGAGGUAUUGCACAGACAGAAUCGCUUCGCAGCUUCGCAGGGCCUUGGGUAGGAGCCCAGGCCCCCUCCAGGGUAGAGAUGCACAGAAGAACGGAAAUUGCACUAGGACCUCUUCUUUUGCUGUGUGGACAGAAGAGCUCAUGGUUGUAUUCAGGGAUUGCGCGGACCACGUGGACUACAUGUCACAGGUGGUGAACAAGUGGCUACAAGCCAUUUUGCACAAAUGCCUGCCCACCUGCCCACUCUUGUCCAGGAAUACUCAACUGAGGGGCUGGUUGGGCCAACCUGCCAGCCCAGGCACGUGACCUGGCCUGACUGCAUGCCCAGGGCACACUGCCAGGCUUCCACCGGCCAGGCCUGCCUCCAGCUGUCUCGGAUAGUCCCCUCCAUCGCUUUUAUUUCUGACCACUUGCUCCCUUCCACUCUCAAUACACCUCAUGCCCUGCAGGAGCCCCCUUGGCGAAUGGAUCUGCAAAGGUUAGCUCCGCCCUCCGGGGCCUGAGUGGGGGUGUGGAACCAAAGGGACUGGCCACCUUCCUCCCCAAGGCCCGGGGGGCCACGUGUUGAGAGAGGAGCUGGUAUAGGAGUGAGGCCGAGGUGAGGGGCCGGAAAUCCUGAGCUCUCCAAGGUGGCCAGACCGCCUGACAGGCAGCUCCUGAGUCAGGGAUUUUCAGCACUACCUCUGAGCAGGGGGCUGGCUGCCCAGCCAGGCUGCCAAGCCCUGAGGACUCUCGGUCAGGUCAGCGAGCUCCUGGGGGAGCAGGGUGAGGAGGGGCGUCUCCUUUUGGAGUCAGGGAGCCACGUAAGUUGAAUUAUCCUCUUCCAAGUGCCAAGUGCAGGGCCCUGCUCCGGGCGGUGGGGACCACCACUCAGGGUUCAGGGCGGGCAGGAGGCAGCGUCUCCAGCCUCCUGUCUGCUGGACAGAGUGCAGCGGGAUCCAUGGGACUCUGGGGUCAGAGCACCGGUUUUCCUCUUGCUUUAUAGGGGGGGACAGAAGGGGGAGUCAUGGUCUUCACCAGGGUGCUUCCAAGUUACUUCAGUCGACACAGACUCUUUCUUUUGCUCGAGUUCACAACUCUGAUGGUCACAGGCUGCCUUCUCCUCGCUGAGCAGGUGUCUCCCUGUCACUCUUCUGCUGGCCGUCUGACCUCCGGCUGGGCCCUGGGCCCACGACCCUCCGUCAUUGCCCCUCUUUCCGAACAGACAGGCCAUGGUCAGGGUGUUUUUCUCUUGUAAACAAACACCAGCUGUUUAACAGGAAUGCCAGCAAGUAACCUUUCAGGAAAGACAGGGCAGCGUUCAGGGCCUAUGGGUGGUGCUGGGAGGGUGCUCCCGCAGAGCGGCUGGCACGCAGGCCGCAGGCCUCAGGAGGGCAGCCCCGGGCCUGGUGCCUGGUGUUCAGUGUGAGGGUUGGGCCCCAGCUUUGUAUGAUUCUUAGGCAGGAGGGUGUCGGGUCUUGGACAAGGCCUCACCACCACCAUCUCCCUUCUCCACCAGGUGGCCCGAGGUGAGCCAGGGGGGUCUGCUCUCCACUCAGAUUCCAAAUCCCUUUUGGAGAACCAGCCAGUCUGAGGGGAAGUGGGAGGUCAGAGGUGAGAAUCCUCUGAAGAUUGUGAAAUACUGAUUUUCAUUCUUUUGAGCUUAUUUGUAAAUACCUAUUUGAAUGCUGUGUAUUUGUACAGGAAUUUGAGCAAAAAAUGUAUAGAGCGUGAUGUCCAAUUGGUGUUCAGCCCUAUAAAUGUGUUUUUAACCUCUGGCA